GGUCGGCGCGGGGCGCGGGCGGCGAUUCCAGCCACAGAGCGGAGCGGGGCUGCGCGGCCGCCACCUCCUCUCAUGCCUUCGCAGCAACAAAGAGUGCGCUGAGCGGCGGGCUACUGUAGCGCGGAGGGCACCGGGGGACGAUGGCGAGGAAAGGAGAAGCCUCCGCGCCUCCCUACGGUGAACCAAGGAAAUUUGACCCAAAGUUCAGAGGACCUGUUCAUAACAGGCGUUGUACAGAUGUUAUUUGCUGUGUAAUCUUCAUAAUUGUCAUUCUGGGUUACAUUGCAUUAGGAAUUGUAGCUUGGGUACAUGGCGAUCCCAGGAAAGUGGUUUAUCCAACUGACAGCUAUGGGCAGUUCUGUGGUCAGAAGGACACCUUCAAUGAGAACAAGACCAUUUUGUUUUACUUUAACAUUCUGAAAUGUGCCAGUCCUGUAGUGUUAAUUAACCUGCAGUGCCCUACAACACAGCUUUGUGUCUCAAAGUGCCCAGACAGGUUUGCAACCUACAUUGAUGUUCAAGCUUCCUACAGAUAUAGGCCAGAUCAGUGGAAUUACUUCAAGCAGUACUGCAAACCUGGUUUUAAUAAUCCUCGCAAGUCUGUUGCUCAAGUCCUACGUGAUGAAGAUUGUCCUUCGAUGAUCAUUCCAAGCAGGCCUUUUCUUAAGAGAUGCUUCCCAGACUUCUCCACAAAGAACGGUGUCCUAACUGUGGCAAACCAGACUACCUUCAAAGAUGGAAGAGGGAAAACAAGAAACGUAACUGAUCUCAGGGAAGCUGCAAAUGGUAUCAACAAUGUCCUGGAUGCAAGAUCAGUUGGAAUGAAAAUUUUUGAAGACUAUGCCAUUUCUUGGUAUUGGAUAUUAAUUGGGCUGUUCAUUGCAAUGAUAGUGAGCCUGCUCUUCCUUGUGCUGUUGAGGUUCACAGCUGGGGUUCUCUUCUGGAUUUUCAUCUUUGGUGUGAUUGGAAUUAUAGGUUAUGGCAUCUGGCAUUGUUACUGGGAGUAUGAUCAUCUCAAAGGAAUACCUGGAUCUGACCUCACUGUUUACGAUAUUGGAUUCCAGACAGACUUCCGAGUGUACCUACAACUGAGGCAAACGUGGCUCGCAUUUAUGAUAAUACUUUGUGUUGUUGAGAUCAUAAUCAUUUUGAUGCUGAUCUUCCUAAGAAAUAGGAUCCGGAUUGCUAUUGCACUGUUAAAGGAAGGUAGUAGGGCUAUUGGCUACAUAAUGUCUACACUGUUCUACCCAAUUGUCACCUUCAUACUCAUUGCAAUUUGCAUUUCCUACUGGGCUGUGACAGCUGUUUUUCUAGCUACAUCAGGAGAACCUGUGUAUAAAGUAAUGGCUAAUCAAACACUGUGCAAGUAUGCAAACCUGACCUGUGACCCAGAGACAUUUAACACAACCAAUGUAACGAAAUUAUGCCCAGGUGCUCAAUGUACGUUUGCUUUUUAUGGAGGAGAAAGUCUGUACCAUAAGUACAUCUUCAUCUUUCAGUUAGCCAAUGCCUUUGUCUUUCUCUGGCUGGUAAACUUUGCAAUUGCACUGGGUCAGUGUACCCUUGCUGGUGCCUUUGCCUCUUACUACUGGGCUUCUCGAAAACCAGCUGAUAUUCCACUGUGGCCGCUCUUCUCUUCAUUUGGACGGGCAAUAAGAUACCAUACUGGUUCAUUGGCAUUUGGAGCCUUAAUUCUUGCAAUUGUCCAGCUGAUCAGAGUAAUACUGGAGUACUUGGAUCACAAACUGAAAGGUACACAGAACUCCUUCACUAGAUUUCUACUCUGCUGCCUCAAAUGCUGUUUCUGGUGUUUGGAAAGAUUCUUAAAAUUUAUAAACAGAAAUGCCUACAUCAUGAUUGCCAUAUAUGGUAAAAACUUCUGCACCUCGGCAAAGGAGGCAUUCUUUCUGCUCAUGAGAAAUGUGGUGAGAGUUGCAGUUCUGGACAAAGUUACAGACUUUCUUUUAUUCCUGGGGAAAAUUCUCGUAGCUGGUGGUGUAGGUGUUCUUGCAUUCUUCUUCUUCACACAGAGAAUACCAGUCUUUGCCCAGGAAGCACCAGCACUAAAUUACUACUGGGUACCAUUGUUGACUGUCAUUAUUGGCUCCUACCUAGUGGCACACGGGUUCUUCAGUGUCUAUGCAAUGUGUGUUGAUACACUUUUCCUCUGCUUUUGUGAAGACUUGGAAAGAAAUGAUGGAUCUACAGCAAAACCCUACUUCAUGUCAGCUAGCCUUCACCGAAUUCUAGGGAAGAAGGAGCUAAGUCCUAAGAAGGCAAUAGGAUAACAUGCAAUAAACCUCAGCAUCAAAACAGUGUUACUUUUAAGCAAAAUGUGUAUAAAUUAGGCACAAGUAAAUACUGUAAAUGAUGCUUCUGGUUAAUGGGUGAUUCUUUUUUCCUCUUACUUACAUCUUUAAGGAAUCAUCAACACUGAUAAUGUUUUAUUAGUUUAAAAGCUUAAGCUAACAGCUGUGAAACAAGGCCACAUUUUAGUCUAUAGAGUGCCUAUGGAAAGAAAAAUGUAAAUUUGAAGCUUUUGUAAGUCUAUAAUAAUGUUUUAAUAACUUUUUUAACACAGGUUGCUGCCUUAAGUGACAGCAGUUUUGAUAACAUUUCUUUUUAUAAGUGUAUAUAUUUGUAAAAGAUAUUCAGGCAAUUUUUUGAAAGCACUACAUGUAAUCUAACUAGCCAUAAAAAAAAAAAGAUAGUUUGGGAGUCUCUAGUUAACGGGAGAUGCUACUAAAUUUGUAAAUAUGGUGCUAUGAUUGUAUUUUUUGUAUAUGCUGGUUGUCAGCUAUUUAAACUGUGAUUAUACAUGCAUUAAUGGUUCCCUACUCUAAAAAUGUAAUAACAUUUUAAUCAUGUUAACAACUGUGUUCUAAGAAAUGAUGGUACCCUGCAGUCCUGAAGGAGAUAAUCUAAGAGGACUACUCAGUCUUCUGUUGGUACUGCUUAAAGUGAAGUUUUCUUUGAGUUGUGCUUAAAAGAUUAUAUAAUUGAGACAGGAUCCUAUGGUGCUUGAAAAAGUGAUUUGUGGUUCACGCAAAUGAAGUUUUGUUUGGUCCAAGGUGGCAAAGAUAUCAUUUUCCAGCUGAUGUGUAAGAGACAGAUGCUUGCGUUAAUGUUGCACCCUUAAUGAGUCUUUGUAUUCUACAUUAUGCGAAAGUUGAGCUGCACUGAAAGGGAAAACAAAAUGCAGUAUUGGAGGAAAGUCUUGGCUGUAUACGUACACAAGGAUCUCCAUUGUGUCUUCCUAGUUCAGAAGGGCUUCUGAGUAGUUACUGCAGUGGUAGUGUGGGUUCUGAGAGCCAACGAGUGCACUUUAUACAGGUCUCUGGUCACUCAGUGGCUUAUACAGUAAGAUAGGAAGAUAUUGAACUUGAGUCUCCUCAUGAUGCAGCAUUAAUUAGCUACUGAAAGAAGCUCCAAAAGAUUUGGUGUCCUCUUUGAUUAUUAAGAUUAUUGGUUGCUAGAAAAUAUAUUGAGAAAAAACAUAUUAACAUUCUGUUCAGGUCUAUGAACCUCCCUUUAGUAGAAUUGUUGCUGGGGCUAGUUACAGCUUUGCUCAUAAAAAAUAUCUUAGACUCUGUCUACAGAGUACAUUUCAAGUUUAUUACUUCCAUGAGCUGAACUAAAAAGGUUUUAAUGUUUUAGGACCCAGCUACACUGAGGCUGGAUUCCACAGUACUAAAUGAGGUAUUCCAUUACCCACUUUCAAGAGUUGGCAUAUGACAUAGCUCUUCUAAAUCCAUGGCAGGAAUUCAGCUGCUAGAAGUACUUUUCUAGCCCAAAGAGUCUCUUGCUAUCACAGAGAGAAAGGCAAAUUCUUUUCCAAAUGAUCUGAAUUCUUUUUUCUGGGGAAAAUUUACUGACAAUAUAUGUUUGAAAGUGGUUUUUGCUCUGACUUAUGGCUUCAGAUUGUGAUAAUUUGAAUCACAACAAAGAUAGAAAAAUUAUCCUUUAUGCAAUAGGUCUGGGGUGAAUGCACGAGUGUUAUCACCUACCUGCUUGAAGUCAUGGCCGUGAUAGGAUCAUAUAGUCCUGUGAAUGGUGGUACAAGUUGCAGGAUGCUGGUAUGAGUUCUCUGAUCCAGCAGACACUGUAGCUCUUCCCCCUGAAACAUAAAUUAGUGGUUCACUUUUGGACUUAAAUAACAUAAAAUAAAGGCAUACAGUUUGCAGCUGAACUAGUGACUGAGGGCACCUUUGGUUUUUGAGCACCUCACUUGAGACAUUAUUAACUUGACUUUCAGAAAGGGCUGAGAAACAUAGCUUCUGAAAACUGACUUAUGGUUUUUGUCUUCAUCAUCUUUCCUUUAUCAUAUGUGUGGCAGUGAAUAUUGAAACCCCUAUAACUCUGAUGUCAUCUGAGAAUUCAGCCAAUAACAUUAUGGGCAUAUGUCACUCUUCUUAGAAAUCCCAUUUGUCUGUGGUUGCGGUCACUGCUCUACUUAUUAUUAUCUCUUAACUACCACAUAAUUAGUUUGCAGCUAAGGAAACUGCAUUAGGUAAUCUGUAUUUCACUACUGGACCCCAUUGUCUUUCUGGGACCUCAGCUGAAAAAGCUCAUUUCUGAAUACAAUGUGCUUUUUUUUUUAUCAUAUGAAUGUAACCAUAGAGAUUAUUAGUAAUAAAGUGUAACAGAGUAGUAUACAGUUAUUUGAUUAGAUGACUUUUGUAACGAACCUAUGCAUUUACUAAAGGAAUUUCUAAAAGUAAAAGUUUUAAAUUGCAUUAUUAUUUAUAUACAGUAAAUAUAUAUAAAUGUGUAUAAAUCGCUCCACUUGCUAUUUUGUGAAUAUAAAUUAUUUAGAAUGUAACUCAUCAUCAUUUCUGAGAAGAAAACUUAAAAGCCAUUUUCUUUAUGAUAUAACUAAGAGAACUGUGAAAAUAAAAGCAAUACCGUAUGAAUUUUAUAAUCAAUAAACGGAAUAAAUAAGUAAUAAUGAUUUAAUAGUAAAAUUGGCUUAAAAAUUAACUACUAUUAAUGAUAAAAGUAGAAAUUAUGGCAAGUAUUUACUUGAAAAAAAUUCACUUAAAACUUACAAGACUGAUUAUAAUGGCCCCUGAUUAUUACUGUGUACCUGUGUCCAAAGAUUCACACCACAGGUACUAGUGGCAACAUCUGUGGAUUUGGACAUCUCCCUUGUUGCUUAAUUUAGUAUAAAAUUUAAAAUUCUGCUCUCUGCUUUAGAGUGGGAAGUGUGGUUAAUAUAACACAGUGAAAGGUUGUUUUCUUUGAUCCUAAGCCAGCAGGACUUGGUGAUAGAAUUUCCACUCUUUCCAUGAGGCACAGGGCAUCCCUGCGUAGUACCAGGCGCUGUGGUGGAUCUGCUUAUGGUCAGUAAAGGACAAACUGGUAGGACCUGGAAGCCCAGAAGCUUGUCGUAGUGCUGUUGUGCAUAAGGGACUCAGCAGGUGGUAGUGGGAUUUCUGCCAUCCUACCCAGCCCCAGGCUGUGCGUUUCUCUGGCUAGAGGAAGAACUGGAGAGAUGGGAUGGCUAUGAAGAAAAACCCAUUUAUUUCCAUAAAACUUAUUUGGAACUUCUUGAACAAGCAGAAUGUAGAAACUAAGAGAUACUAGAAAUUAGUCAGUAUUGUAGCCGUGCAAUACAUUUGCUUUAGUUCUGGUUUAAUUCAUUGUGUCUCCCUGUGAUAUAUUAAUGGGUGGCUUUUAUUUGCAUGUCUUAUACCAAAGUUUUAAUGUCAAGCCUUCAGAUUUUGUAAAGAAAACAAACAAAAAAUGAACCUCCUCCCUCCAACUCCCUUCUCCCCCCCUCCCCCUCCAAAAAAAAAAAAAAAAAAAAAAAAAAAUGAGAUUAUUUUCCAUAAUGAGGUUUUUUUUCCAAGCAGUAUCCAGCAGUUGGUUGUUGUGGAUCGGGUGCUAUGAGGAUGCUGAGUAGUCCUUCAAACAUCAGUGUUUAAAUGAAAAAUGAAGUAUUUUACUAUUGCACAUUCUGCAGUGGGCUGGUAGGAUGAUCUGGCAGCCACAGCAUCACGCUUAUCCUGGGAGAGGUCACUAAGUGUUCUAAAAGUGGUUGUCAUAGAAGUGACUGUAGGAGACUGUCCUCUAUGGUGUGGAAUGUCCCUUUGACCCAUCACUUGUUGCUCAGCCUGGACGUCUGCGUCCUCUGACAAAGUGCCUUACCUGGCUGUUGUUUUACCUGGCUUCUAUCUUGAAGUUUAUUCACAUCACAUAAAUGACACAACAGAAAAGACUAGCUGGGAGAAACAGUGCUCUCUUUAUUGGAAAUUAACUGGUAUGGAGUUUAAUUUUAGAAAAGAAAUGUUAGAUUUAUUUAAAUUGCAUAAUGCAACAUGCACCAUUUUUCUGUUGCUGUUGUCAGAUCAUGAAAGAAUGGUUUGCUGUUUGGCCCAGGAGAAAACACGUGACAAUUGUGCUGUUGCAAAUAACUAAAUAAAACCCCUGUAAGAGCAUUCAGUUCUUUAUCACUUUUGAUUUCUGGGAUCGUGGACUUCCAAGUGUGGCCAAUUCUGCCCUUGGUGGCAGUGUCCCUGUGCACUGUACCUGUGUGGCUGCAGGGAGAAUUGGGCCACCGCUGCUUAGAAUAAAAACAGCUGGGAAAUGCAUCUGGCACUACUGCAGUGUGUGUGUGUGUGUGUGUGUUGAUCACGAGCAUAAAGCUCAUCCUCCGUUUUAAGACUGAUAGUUUGCUAUUCUGGAAGUGUUUUAUAAACGAUUCUAAAUUUUUUAUCUUUUGAUACAGGUGAUGAUUUUUGAGGUAAUAAGUAAUUUGUACCGCACUGUAAUCAAAUGGGAAAUAUAACUGUUUCAUCGUGUUUAAUUAAUAUUAGUAGUACUAAUAUUUCAGUUGUCUGUUACGUUACACAAAGUCCACAGGCAUUUGUCCCACAUAACGAGGUGUAACACCACAAAAAAGCUCUCCGAGGAUUAAGAAGUGGAAAUUACUGUCUGUUUCAAUAAUUAAUGUGAUUGUUAAAGGUAUAUUAUUAUUGUGCCAAAACCAAAUUAACGCGAGCACGUGGCAGUUUGAGCUCUAAAACCUGUUCGCUUCUGCUAUGCAGAAAUAGGAACGUAUUGUUUAAAUACUUUUGGUAACCGAAGUGUUUAAUAUUUAAUUUUGUUGUCGCUCACUGUUUUACAGCUCUUGGGGAUUGUUCUAAUAAAGAUUUAGAUACAAAGCGGA